AUGGUUCAAGAAGAUGACAUUGAUAUCCGUAUGUCGAUGUCCCUUCGUCCGAUGACGCUGUCUACAAGACCGACGACGUUGUCGGUAAACGGAAAUGAGAAAGCAUUAAUAGAAGAAAAUGUUCUGUAAGUGUUCCCCCAGCGAAUUUUAAAAUUAAAUAUUUUCCUUUCCAGACGCUCAUUAUCCACUGGAACAUUAAAGUAUCCCGAAGAUGAACAAUUCUACACGUUUAACUCUUCUCAUCUACUAGAUUUGGGCGCAAUUGGCAAUGGAAACUUUGGAACAGUGUAUAAAAUGAAACACAAAGAAAGUGGGAAACUUCUCGCUGUUAAGGUAAACUUUGAUUGUAUCCAGGGCUCGGCAAAAGGCUUUUCAAAGGUCUCUGAACUUUUAACCCACUUUCAAUAAUCCUAUUGAACCUAAACUUUUUAGAGCUCUCGGAUUUGGAUUGAAGUAUCUUGGGUCUUUAAGUUUCAGACCCAUCGGUUUAUCCAACAAUUUGGCUUCAGAUCCGCGUAUCUCGUGACCAGAUAAUCCGAUUGGUCGGACACCAGGAUCAAAAAAAAACUUCAAUUCAAAUCUAUAAUCCCUGCAAAGUUCGGGUCCGAUUAGAUAAUUGCAAGUGGUCCAAAAGUCUGGGCCGGUCUUUUCUCCAGCUCUGAGUGUUCUUUAAACCAGAAAAUAAUUGAAUUUUAUUUUCAGAGGAUACGAUGCAACAAUAUAGAUCAACGAGAACAAAUCCGUUUGCUUCGUGAGCAUGACACUAUUGUCAAAUCGGAGAAAGGCCCAAAUAUUGUCAAGUUUUACGGUGCGAUUUUCAGUGAGGUGAGUUAAAGGAUUCAAACAAUAAUAAUGGUUCUUGUUCUGUUUCAGGGUGACUGCUGGAUCUGCAUGGAAUUGAUGGACAUUUCCAUGGACCUUCUGUACAAACGUGUCUAUGCAGUCAAACACAGCCGGUUAAACGAAAACGUAGUUGGCCACAUAACUGUCUGCGUAAGUUGCUGAUCCCAAUUGUUUGAAAGAAAAACUGUUAAUUCAGACCGUGGACGCUCUUGACUACUUGAAAAAGGAGCUCAAGAUUAUUCAUCGAGACGUGAAACCUUCAAACAUUCUGGUUGACGGUCACGGCGCUGUCAAACUGUGCGAUUUCGGAAUUUGUGGUCAACUUGAAGAUUCUGUGGUCAAAACUCACGAUGCAGGAUGUCAGCCGUAUCUAGCUGUAAGUUCGACUCUUAUUUAAUCGACAACACACCCUUUUCAGCCGGAACGAAUCACAAGUUCGGAUAAGUACGACGUCCGAUCAGAUGUUUGGUCGCUUGGAAUCACUUUGGUGAGAGAUCUGUCAAAAUAAGAAGUUGCCAAUAAUCGGUCAUCAUUUCAGUACGAAAUAGCAACCGGCAAAUUCCCUUAUAACGAAUGGAACUCCUUGUUCGAUCAAAUUGCAGCUGUACGUUGAUCUUCAAUGUCAUUUUUUUCAAAUGAAAUUCCCUUCAGGUUGUAAACGGUGACGCUCCGAUUCUGUGGCCGGAAACUGGCGAGUUCUGCUUUAGUCUUCCGCUCGCCAAAUUCAUCAACACUUGGUUAGAAAAUUGUCAUAAAACGCAAUUCCAAUUAAAAUAUUGUUUAGUUUAACAAAAGAUCGGCGUCAUCGACCAAAAUACGACACGCUGAAAAACUUUGAGUUCUAUAGAAUGUAAGUGAUUUUCUUUUUCACAAAUUUGUCACGGGCCAGGCCGAUGAUCAGUUUUUCCCGGUCGUUUUUGGAAAACGUUGUGUGGCGGUUUCUACUGAAACUACUGACUUCUACUGAAGAAUGCAAAACCAAGAGACCUGCAAGAUUUGAGUUAAAUCGAAGUAUUGCAAAUGGUUCAAAAGCCCAGCCCCUAGUUGAGUACUCGGAAAGCCCGUGCCGCUCAGCACUGAAAUGAAACAUGCGUUUCUGAAAAAGCAUCAAAAUUUUUAAAGGUUCUCAAUGUUUUCGUAAUCCGGGCCGAUCGGGCCAGCCCCGGAUUGGACAAGUCUGCUUUGAACACUGACAUAGACAUUUUUUGCAGAUAUGCGGUCGGUGGACCACAAAUCGAAGAAGCGAAAAGUAUUCUGGGAGUGGAAGCAAUUGACACUCGCGACCACCCAAUCGAUAUCAUAGGAUAG